AUGAGUUUACGAAAACAUGCUUGCAGGCGGGACUACAUUUUAGGACUCCCUUUACGUCCAACUACCCCUCAGCCCCACCACUACUUCCAUCACUCACCCAACCUCCCAUCCAUACCUCCAUCCCUCACCCCCACCUCCACUCCUAAUCACUACUUCACCCCAAACAAUACCUCCAUCCCUCACCCCCACCUCCACUCCUCAUCCCUACUUCACCCCAAACAAUACCUCCAUCCCUCACCCCCACCUCCACUCCUAAUCACUACUUCACCCCAAACAAUACCUCCAUCCCUCACCCCCACCUCCACUCCUCAUCACUACUUCACCCCAAACAAUACCUCCAUCCCUCACCCCCACCUCCACUCCUCAUCCCUACUUCACCCAAACAAUACCUCCAUCCCUCACCCCCACCUCCACUCCUCAUCCCUACUUCACCCCAAACAAUACCUCCAUCCCUCACCCCCACCUCCACUCCUCAUCACUACUUCACCCCAAACAAUACCUCCAUUCCUCACCCCUACCUCCACUCCUCAUCACUACUUCACCCCAAAACAAUACCUCCAUCCCUCACCCACACCUCCACUCCUCAUCCCUACUUCACCCCAAACAAUACCUCCAUUCCUCACCCCUACCUCCACUCCUCAUCACUACUUCACCCCAAAACAAUACCUCCAUCCCUCACCCCCACCUCCACUCCUCAUCCCUACUUCACCCCAAACAAUACCUCCAUUCCUCACCCCUACCUCCACUCCUCAUCACUACUUCACCCCAAAACAAUACCUCCAUCCCUCACCCCCACCUCCACUCCUCAUCCCUACUUCACCCCAAACAAUACCUCCAUCCCUCACCCCCACCUCCACUCCUCAUCCCUACUUCACCCCAAAACAAUACCUCCAUCCCUCACCCACACCUCCACUCCACAUCACUACUUCGCCCCAAACAAUACCUCCAUCCAUUACCCCCACCUCCAUCCCUCACCCCCACCUCCACUCCUCAUCCCUACUUCACCCCAAACAAUACCUCCAUCCCUCACCCCCACCUCCACUCUUCAUCCCUACUUCACCCCAAACAAUACCUCCAUCCCUCACCCCCACCUCCACUCCUCAUCCCUACUUCACCCCAAAACAAUACCUCCAUCCCUCACCCACACCUCCACUCCACAUCACUACUUCGCCCCAAACAAUACCUCCAUCCAUUACCCCCACCUCCAUCCCUAACCCCCACCUCCACUCCUCAUCCCUACUUCACCCCAAACAAUACCUCCAUCCCUCACCCCCACCUCCACUCCUCAUCACUACUUCACCCCAAACAAUACCUCCAUCCCUCACCCACACCUCCACUCCACAUCACUACUUCGCCCCAAACAAUACCUCCAUCCAUUACCCCCACCUCCAUCCCUCACCCCCACCUCCACUCCUCAUCCCUACUUCAUCCCAAACAAUACCUCCAUCCCUCACCCCCACCUCCACUCCUCAUCCCUACUUCACCCCAAACAAUACCUCCAUUCCUCACCCCCACUUCCACUCCUCAUCCCUACUUCACCCCAAACAAUACCUCCAUCCCUCACCCCCACCUCCACUCCUCAUCCCUACUUCACCCCAAAACAAUACCUCCAUCCCUCACUCCCACCUCCACUCCUCAUCCCUACUUCACCCCAAACAAUACCUCCAUCCCUCACCCCCACCUCUAUCCCUCAUCCAUACCCUUCCCGCCCCUACAACCACCCCCUACCCAACUCUACCUUCCGAAGAUUUAAUGCGGGGCUCCGUACCUCAUAAAGAAAGCUCAGUGUUUAUGAACUAG